GUCACAUGACGGUCACAUGACCAGGAAGCAGACUGCAUCUUUUCAGCGUGGUUGUGUUUACAAGCGGCUCGUUUACAUACCGCAUGCAGCAGCCGCUGCUCGGUGUCACCAAUGUCGAGGUAGGUUUUUGUGCAGGUUAUAUAGAUUGUGCUCCACAAAGUCAGACUAAUGUGCGUGUAUAACGGGGAAAUAAAGCAACAGUCAUCUUGUUAAACAUCCUAGCAUUACUUUAAAGGAAUAAGUAAAAACUGCCUUAUUUGGAUAAAGUAACCAUGAAGCAGGGCAGUGAGGUUGCGAACGUCCCUGCAUGCUUCAUUUCAGACCAUGAAGGUUUUCUGGGGAGCAUCAAGAACUUUAUCGAAGACUUCGUGGUGACUGAGAUAGACAUCGAUGGACAUUAUGUUAAAACAGCAGCAGCCCGACAGUCUCCAGGUUGUGCCUCCUCAGAUAGAAACAGCAAAACCGAUGCAGACUGUAAGGAGAACUCUUCAGUCCCGCAGGAUUCGGAUGUUUCGUUGGAGUGGGGGGUCGAUGUCCCCCUGCCUAAUCUGGGGAGUUUUGAUUUAGGCGUGAUUUUGGGCCCGUCGGUCAGUGAAGAGCUCGAGCACUUUGUGUUGACACUCAGAGACAAAAAGCCCACCGAGCUGGAGCUUUCCCUGGGGUCCUUUGCCGACAAACACCAGAGAGCCAACGUCCACCGGGCCGUGAGACACCGCUUCCCCUUCCUCAUGACCGUCACCAUCCAGCCUGAGAUCCGGGUGAGGGAAGAUCCGGACUACAGAGAGCUCACCCAGCUGGUUAAAGAGGAUGAAGCAGAGGACUUCUUCAGGUUUAUAGAUGCUAAAGUGCGAGGCUCGUCCUAUACGUUUGGACCUGAUGACAAUAAGGAGCACAGGACGGCGGUCCAUCACUUCCUGAACCGGAGGUUUGGGAAACUGGUGGAGACAAAAAGCUUCAAUGACCAGGGGAGGACAUCGAUCUCAGUUAGACUGAGAGAGCGAGGGAGGCCAAAGAAGAGAAGCGCAGAUGAGCGGAAGGAAGAGGAAGUUUAUACUGCGUUCACUCUGCGUAAGGAGAACCUGGAGACUCUGGAGGCCAUCAGCUACAUGGCAGCAGCUCUCGGGAUCCUGCCGUCAGAUUUCACCUAUGCUGGGAUCAAGGACAAGAGAGCCAUCACCUACCAAUCGAUGGUGGUCAAGAAGGUCUCGCCUCAACGGUUACAAGAGAAGGCGGCAGAUUUUGAGAGGAGGGGGAUGCGUGUUUCUCAGGUCCGCUCUGUCAGUGAGCCUCUGAGGCUCGGCCGACUGCAGGGGAACCACUUUGACCUGGUGGUCCGUGACCUGAGACCACAUGGGUCCGGUGACGCUCUUUCCUCUGCUGCAGACAUGCACACUCGCCUGGCAACGCUGGUGAAGGAAGCAGUGGAGAAUGUCAAGACCAGAGGCUUCGUCAACUACUACGGACCACAGAGGUUUGGGAGUGGACAGAGCGCCCAGUCUGAUCGAGUAGGAUUAGCUCUACUGAAAGAGGACAUGGUGAGCGCUGUGCGUCUCUUCUUCACUCCAGAAGAAGGCGAUGAUCCUCAGAGUCACGCAAAGAGACACUUCCUCCAAACUGAUAACGCCAAGGAGUCUUUGGCCUUGAUGCCGUUGUCCAAGGCCAGGGAGCGCCUGAUGCUUCGGGCCCUGAACCGCUACGGUACCGGUUCGGACGGUUGUGCCCAAGCCUGGCUCAGUCUGCCGCACAGCAUGAGGGUCUUCUACCCUCAUGCCUACUGUAGCAGAGUGUGGAACGAGGCAGUAGCACACAGACUGGCUACUCUGGGGCAUAGUGUCAGACAAGGAGACCUGGUGUGGAUACGGGAAGGACAAAACACAAUGGAGGACUCUGGAGAAAGCAGCACUCCUCAGAUCCAUGUGGUGACAGAUGAAGAGGAAAUAGGGGCAGUCUACACUCUAGAUCAAGUGUUGUUACCGAUGCUAGGAAAUACAGUGAAGUACCCAGAAAACGCCAUGGGGACUUGGUACCAGGAGAGACUGGCCAGAGACGGACUGAACGACUGUCGCUUCAGAGUCGGCAGCCUCAAACUGAACCUGCCCGGCUGUUAUCGCCCCCUGCUGGCCACUCCUCACAACCUCAGCUACCAGCUCCACAAAGCAGCCAGCAGGGAGGACAAGCAGGAUUUAGAUUCUGACGUUCUCACCUUAAACUUCGACCUGGACUCGUCCUGCUACGCUACCAUCUGCCUCAGAGAGAUCAUGAAGUGUGACCCCUAAAGCUCAGGGGGGCGCUGUUGUUGUAUUUGUGUAGACUUUUUUUUUUUAAAGGAAAACAUGCAUCUUUUUGUAACAAACACUGUUUUGUACUUUCAUUGAGCGUGAUUAUGAUACGUUAUCUGUAGCCUUUUGAUUUGUUGAAGUGCUGAGCAGAAGUUACACAGAAAGAAAAAUCAUUAAACUUCGAAUGAAAACGGACCUCUGCCAAAUGUAAAUAACUUUAGGUGUAAAAGCAUGAAAACAGUGUUUUGUGCCAUGAAUAAAACCUUUAGAAUAAGAGAAAUCAAUGUACUUUUUUUGUUCUUCACAUUUAUUUAGAAAUUCUAAUAUUUCCCCCCAUUUAAAACCUUCACUGGUCAAACUCUAUAUUGAUAAUCUUCUAAAACAAUAAAGAUGAUGUUUAACAAUG